AUGACAAACCGAUUCAUUCAACUUGGAGUUGUCGGCUGUGGGUGGGCAGGCUGUCAAGCUAUCAAUGCCGCUAACGCCACCUCUCGACUGAACGUCAUCGCAAUCGCAGAACGCGACCCAGUCCGUCGGGCACAGGCGGGUGAUGACAAUGCAGUCCCACACCGCUAUACCGACUAUCGAGAACUCCUUGAUAAUCCCGACGUUGAAGCCGUCUAUCUCGCGACCUCUCCAGAUGGCAGACUACAACAAGUUCUGGAUACGCUCAGUGCUGGUAAGCACGUCUUAGUGCAAAAACCGCACGCAAUCCGCGCACCCGAAAUAUUAGAGAUAGAGGCAGCGGCACAACAAGCCGGGAAAACACUGCAAUUCUGCUACUUUAUGCGCCACUUCCCGAACAACCGAAAGAUUCGGCGCGCUGUGCUGAAUGGGGCGAUCGGUGACCUGUAUCACGCCCGUGUCUUCGGGAAAUACAACUUCAUCCCACAGUUCGAUGUCAACAGUCGAUGGCUACACGUUUACGGGCAGAAGGGCGGUUCGUUAGGGCAACACUAUUCGCACGAACUCAACCUCACCUGGUGGUGGAUGGGAUGCCCGAAACCGGAGUGGGCGUUUGCUGCUAAGCACGUGCUUUACCCUCAGUACGAUGGACCAGAGGGUUCGGCAGAGGACUAUUUCACCGGUAUUCUCGGAUGCGAGGGCGGAAAAACCAUCCAGAUCGAUUGUUCCCGGAUGAGCCACUCCGACUCCGCCAGUGCCGUUGAACUUUACGGCACCACCGGCGCAAUCACGAACGGCGGCAUAGCACGAUUUAAAGAUGGCGAAUUCGUCCGAGAAACCGUUGAUGCGCCACUCGAAAUCGAUCAUGGCGAAUUGCCCGAAGAGGUCCACGUCUUUUACUACGAACUUAACCAUUUCGCCAUGGCGAUAGCAGGCGAGGUCGCGCCAGAUGUCUCAGCACCGGAUGCGUAUACUUUUAUGCAAAUCUUGGAUGCGUUUUACGACAGUGCGAAGAACGGUGAAAAAGUUUAUAUCUCCUCGUAA